AUGGGAAUUACUUCUUCCAAACAGACAGAUUCGCCUCAAGACAGUCCAACAUCAGAAGAUGAAGGGAUGCUUGCAGCUUGGCAAAAAUAUAUUUUUUCUUAUUUUGAAGGAUAUAUUAGAUCUGAGCCGCUACCUACAUCUCCCAUAAUUGUGACGACUAAAGAAGAAAAGAUAAGUCUGGGGGAUGUUAAUCUUGAAGAUUACUUUGAUUCGCAUGCUAAUGAACAAAUCGGAAGUGCUGUUCCUUUAAAUAAUUUAAUGCAAAGUUCCAAACAAUCUACAGCGUUGAGUAGUCAAGCGCAUAUAAACCGAAGACCACCUGCAAGGCCGACCAGAAUUUACUUUGCGGAUGGAAAAAUGAAGGCGCUUUUUAUAAACACCUCGCAUCGCGUGGAAAAUAUAAAAGAUUUGCUAAUCAACGCGCCCGAUGCGUCAGUUUCUGAAGAAGUUCUUCGUAAUUACGAGUUGUGGAUGGUCAGUUCGCGCGGUGACAAAGUCUUAUGGAGAAAAUUUACUGAUAACGAAUGUCCGCUUGCCAUCUUAGCGGAAUCGGCUUGGGCAGACCAAGAUACUCACCGUUUUUAUUUUCUCAGAGAAAACGAAGUCGACUCAAUAAAGGAGGGAUACAAAUAA